CUCAUAUCUGCAACAGACGACAGAGCACUAUCUCUGCUGAGACACCAUGGCUGAGAUCCACACAGACAUUGUGGAGGAAAAUUUCUACAGCGAUUCCAAUGACAGCAUCCAGGAGGACAUACACUUCCAGCAGUUCCGCAAGUUCUUUGUGCCUUGCAUGUAUGUGGUGGUGUUCAUCUGUGGCCUGGCGGGGAACUUCCUGGUGCUGGUUAUACACAUCUUCUACCAAAAGCGGAAGAGUCUAACGGACAUGUUCCUAAUGAACUUGCCACUGGCUGACCUGCUGUUUGUCUGCACUCUGCCCUUCUGGGCCUAUGCAAGCAUCCAUGAGUGGGUCUUUGGCAACAUCAUGUGCAAAACCCUGCUGGGUAUCUAUACCUUGAACUUUUAUACAUCCAUGCUCAUGCUCACCUGCAUCACUGUGGACCGCUUUAUUGCAGUGGUUCGGGCCACUAAGGCUUAUAAUGAGCAGGCCAAGCGGAUGACCUGGGGUAAGGCCAUCUGCUUGACUGUCUGGGUGGUCUCCCUGCUGGCUUCCUUGCCACAGGUCAUCUAUGGCAAUGUCCUGCACUUAGACAGGUCUAUCUGUAGGAAUAAUGACGAGGAAAUUUUUACUGUGAUUCUUGCCACUCAGAUGACACUGGGGUUCUUCCUGCCAUUGCUUGCCAUGAUAGUCUGCUACUCAGUCAUAAUCAAGACCCUGCUUCAUGUCCGAGGCUUCCAGAAGCACAAGUCUCUAAAGAUCAUCUUCCUGGUGGUAUCUGUGUUCUUGCUCACCCAGACUCCCUACAAUCUUGCAAAGCUCAUCGGCAGCACGAGCUGGGAGUAUGAAACCAUGAUCAGCUUUGACUAUGCCAUCACAGUGACGGAGGCCAUUGCCUACCUGCGGGCCUGCCUUAACCCUGUGCUGUAUGCUUUUGUUGGCGUGAAGUUUCGGAAGAACUUCUGGAAACUUGUGAAAGAUAUUGGCUGCCCUUACUUGGGGCCCUCAAGUCAAUGGAAGUCUUCUGAGGACACUUCUAAGACUUGUUCUGCCUCCCACAAUGCAGAAGUGACUAGCAUGUUCCAAUUGUAGUCCUCAGGGUCUGGAAAGCUGCUCAGCAAUUUACAGGAGUAUGGCUGAGUCCUCUGCAUGCCAUGAGGGAGGCUUUGUCUAUAGCUUGUACAUUGCCAUUGGAGAAGGAAUCAAAUGUUGCAGUUGGUGCAGAAUGAACUUCUUAGACAUAUAUACUCUGUUUGCUCAGGUUUGACACCUUAUUUUGUUUUCUUCCUCAACACCUGGGCCUAAAGCUCAAUAGGGCAGCUAGAAACUGUCAAAGGCUUUGCUUCCUCUUUCCCCAAGAAUCAGGGAAUGAUGUGGGACUCCUAGGACAUCAGGUUCUCCUUUACUGGGGCCAGGGCUGCAAUCUGAGGAGGGGACACAGCCAACAGUGCUGCUGAUGGCAGGGACACUCUGGGCUCCCAGGUUCAAGAGCUUCUUGUGGCUAAUGGAAAGCAAGAGAGAUGAGAGCAGCCAUGAAAACCAGUGCUGGCACAACGUUCAGACUUCAAUCACUAGGCACCUGGCAGAGGUGAGAAGAGGUUCUGCCUUACCUUGGGGCUUGGCUGAUACAGGUUCAUGUUUAUAUUCUCUUUGAUUAAACCUAGAAGGAAUAGCACCAGGAUAUAUGAAUGAGCCAGAACCAAUCAGAGUUGGCUGAGAAUUCCAGUGGUCCAGAGACUGCUAAAAAAUGUACAUGUGCAAAGCAGAGUUUAAGACUCUGACCAUUCUAAGCAGUACUUCUGAAAUGGGUUCUUUGGUGGAUUUACUCAUGUAAAAUUUGAAUUAUCCAAUGCCUGACACACACAUAAGUCACAUGUAAGUGUAUAAAACAUACACACAUCAAAGAGCAUCUGAUUUUCAUGACUAAGAAAUAAAA